AUGUUUUGUAAAGAAGAAGCUGGUAGUUAUGAAAAAAUUUCAAAUGUCACAUUAAAUGGAUGUAUCAUGAAAUGCUGUGAAUCUGAUGGUUGUAAUGUGGUUUUCAUGAACAAAAAUGAUUGUUAUACGCUGUCAUGCAAAACAAAUGAUGACUGUCUACCAAUUUAURCUAAAGAAAAUGUAUUGAAUUUCAAAAUGAUUUUAGUAGCUCCAAAAUUACCUGUUAAGGAUUGGACAGUUAUAUUGGAAGAAAACAGUUUCUCAGAGCCUGAAGACGCUAGAGUUGUAUACCCCUUAGAAAAAAUAUGCGAAGUGAACAAUGAUUGCACAGAUAAUGAACUAUGUGACGCUCAAAUUGGUGUUUGUGUUUGUUCUGAGGGUUACCAAUUAGACGAAACUAAGAAAUUCUGUUAUUCAAAUACUGGUAAUUUGGGAUUAGGAUCAAACACAUCUGGUUAUGAUGUUGAUGAUAUAAACAAUGUUAUACCAGAACAACAACAACAAUUUGACAGUUUAAAAAAAGUACCGGUUGAAAUUGAAUCACUAAAACCACCCGAAAUCAAACAUUUAGUUGUUUCAGUUUUGUCUAAAACUGUACGACUCCCGGAAAACGAAGCUACACUUUCUGCUUAUACUGUACCAGCGGAUGACACAGGUCAUAGUUAUCAAUAUGAAUGGUCACUUAUUUCAAAAACUCAGGGAUCUGGGCAAACUGUAUCAAUGAAUGAUCAGAAUGGAAGCACAUUGAAACUUUCUCACUUAGUUGAAGGUCUAUAUACGUUCAAGGUAACUGUUACCGGUACAGGUGCUUUUGGAGAAACACAAGCCAAUGUCACAGUAUUACUACCGCAAAGAAUUAAUGUUACUUUAAACGGAAGUCUAAGCACAGAUGAUCAUGGUAUUGUUGCAUGGGAAUGGACAAAAAGUUCGUCAGAUCAAAAUAAAGCUGUAGAUAUUCAAGAUACACGUACACCAUAUCCCAGAUUAUCUAAUUUAGAAGAGGGUUUGUACACCUUUGUAUUAAGGGUGACUGAUAAUGCAAAUCAAACAUCAAGUCCAUCAGAAGUACACGUCUUUGUCAAACCACCAACCAAUAAACCUCCAGUUGCCGUGGCUGGUAAAAAUCUAACAUUAUCAUUGCCUCAAACUUGGGCAUUACUCGAUGGUUCAAAAAGUAGUGAUGAUAUUGGAAUACAAAAAUGGAAAUGGCAUCAAAUUAGUGGUCCAUCGAAUGUGCGUUUUAAUAAAGACAAUGAGUCAAGAACAAAUGUUACUGAGUUGACUAAAGGUGUUUAUGUAAUUGGUUUAACAGUCACUGAUGGAAAUGGAAAUAAUGCUUCAGACAUUGUUAAAAUAACUGUGUACCAAAACAAAAAUACUCCACCUAAAGCUAAUGCUGGAGGAGAUAAGACAAUUGUAUUGCCAGUUAGUGCUAUUGUUCUCAAUGGCUCAUUGUCAUGGGAUGAUUUGGCCAUUGUAAAAUGGGAAUGGAUUCGUGAACCUAAUUCAUUAGCUGCUGGAAAUAUAAUUUUAAAUUCGGACCAUUCAUCAGUUUUAAUUGUAACAAACAUUGUAGAAGGAAGAUAUGUAUUCCGUUUAAAAGUAACUGACGACCAAGGAGCUUCUAGUGAAGAUAUUGUUUCAGUUAACAUCAAGCCUGAUCCUAUUGCAAAGUCCAUUGUAUGCUUAACACUAUAUAUUGAAGCAAGCCGUUUAACACAAAAUCAAGCAAAUGAGGUGAAAUUAAAAUUAGGAAUGUUAUUGCCAACUGGCAGUCAGUUAAAGGUUAGAAAAUGGACAGAAGAACAAAAUUCAAAAAGGGCCCAGUUACAUUUCUUUGUUGUUGACAAUAAAAAUAAAACACUCCCAGGACCAGACGUAGUCUCUAUGUUAAAAUCCAAACUUAAACAAGAUUCAUCACUUUUGCAACUAUCCGUUGAUAAUAUUCAAACUACAGUUUGUCAAAAUAAUUGUUCAGGUUUGUGCAUACAGUACUUAAUGUUUGUUAAUUGUUAUGGUAAUAUUUAUUAUGUGACUUUUGUAUACUAUUUUMCAAUUUUUUUUUUUUUAAUAGAAUGGAGUAUUGUAUACGUGGUCAUCAUAUUAGUGGCCAUGUUUGUAACUACAGUUUUUUGUUUUUGGAGUAUUGCUUGCUUCUGCAAUCGCAUUUGUAAUACCAAACAAAAAAUUAAAAAAUACAAACUGGUUGGAGUCGAUGAAGAUAAUCACUCAAUGAAAAGUUCAAUGUCGCACUUAGAAUUAUCUGACACGGAUUCAGAUUCAGACGUUUUAUUAGAUGUAAGGAAGGCCAAAUUGAACCAAAACAGUAUGUCAAACAAAUUUUUAAAUGCAUCUCGGUACAAGAAGAAUAAGAGAGGAGUUAAUGCUUGAAAUGCUGAAAAUUGCUAUUAUAAUUUUUACUAUUUAUAACAGAACUUCAGAACAUAGCUUCUCAUACAUUAAAAUAAGAGCUUUAUAGUUUAUUUUAUGAAAAAACUAAAUUAUUUUUCAAGUUUGUGGAAAAUGAAUUGU